CUUUUCCAGGCGGCCAUGAUGGCUGAGGAGCUGAAGAAGGAGCAGGACACCAGCUCUCACCUGGAGAGGAUGAAGAAGAACCUGGAGGUCACAGUCAAGGACCUGCAGCACCGCCUGGAUGAGGCUGAGAAUCUGGCCAUGAAGGGAGGCAAGAAGCAGCUCCAGAAACUGGAGUCCAGGGUGCGUGAGCUCGAGACUGAGGUGGAGGCCGAGCAGAGAAGAGGUGUAGAUGCUGUCAAGGGAGUCCGCAAGUAUGAGCGCAGAGUCAAGGAGCUCACUUACCAGACUGAGGAGGAUAAGAAGAACGUUAGCAGACUUCAGGACCUGGUAGAUAAGCUGCAGAUGAAAGUGAAGGCCUACAAGAGGCAUUCUGAGGAAGCGGAGGAAGCAGCAAACCAGCACAUGUCUAAGUUCAGGAAGGUUCAGCAUGAGCUGGAGGAGGCUGAGGAGCGUGCUGACAUCGCUGAGACUCAGGUCAACAAGCUCAGAGCCAAGACCCGUGACUCUGGAAAGGGAAAAGAAGUUGCUGAAUAAACAAGACCAAAGUAUUGAAGAUCAAAGUCUUACCAUUUUCCUGUGAUGCAUAAAAUAUGAUUUUCAUGGUGAAAUGUUGAGCAUUGAUUAAAAACAUGUGGAUCUACAUACA